CUGAGCUGCCGAUGGAAUGCACCCUCCAGUCGCUUGCAGACUCCUCCCUCUGUCCGUUGCCAGUGACGGGCUUGAAGCACAUCAGCCAGGUGGGCAGGGCUAUAGAGCGUAUAGUAGCGGCAUUCCCUUUCUCAGUGCUUGCAGCCUGCGUCCAGACAUCGCCUGCGCCGCCAAAAAAUAUAUAUCCAGAUCUACGAACGGCAGCAGUGGUCUGCGUACUUCAUCAGUACUUUACUCAGCCUCGCUCACCAUCACCCUUCGCGGCACUCGCACGCUCCAAGGGAAGCUCAGUGAUUGAAAGACAUGGCAUACAACUUCAAUCGGCCCACAACGAGUGGAGUCUACGGUUCCUCGUCCUCUUCCUCCAACCAGCAGGGCCCCGUCGGUGCACUGACCACGCUGGCAGAAUGGGCCGCCCGCAAUCUCGACGCCGAAGCGCCGGCGACCAAAUUGCAAAGGCUGGUUGACCGCGCUUGUGACCCAUACCUAGGCGAACCGAACUUGGCACUCAAUCUCGAAGUAGCAGACUAUGUCAACAGGAAAAAGGCGAAUACACCGCGCGAAGCAGCGAUAGAAACCGUGCGAAGAAUCAAUUCGCGAAGCCCGCACAUAUCCAUGCUCGCACUUAGCCUACUAGACAUGCUAGUCAAGAAUUGCGGCUACGCUUUCCACCUCCAAAUAGCGACCAAAGAAUUUCUCAACGAGCUCGUCAAGCGCUUCCCUGAACGUCCGCCGCUCUUCCUCUCGCCGUAUCAGUCCAAAGUGCUUGAGCUGAUCCACGAGUGGAAGCUGACGAUUUGCAUCACGAGCAAGCACAAGGAGGAUCUGGUGCAUAUCCGCGAUAUGCAUCGUCUGCUGAGCUAUAAGGGGUACCGAUUCCCAAAUGUAGAUACGCGCGCUUCGUCGGUGUUGAACCCGGAGAAUAAUCUGAAAACGCCUGAUGAGCUCGAAGAAGAGGAACGAGAAGCGCAAGCUGCCAAGCUGCAAGAGCUCAUCCGGCGUGGGCGGCCACAGGAUCUGCACCAGGCGCAGGAGCUGAUGAAGAUCAUGUCUGGCGCCGAGCCGGAAAGCAAGCCUGAUUACAAGGCGCAGACAACCAAGGAGCUAGAUAAAGUGCAGAGCAAGGCUGUGCUGCUCAAUGACAUGCUCAACCAGGCGAAAGAAGGGGAGAGAUUUGUCAAGGACGAUGCCUAUGAUCAAAUCUGCACACAGCUCAAGAGCGUACAGCCGCGAUUACAAAAAUGGAUUUCUGAAGUGGAGGAGGAGGAUGAGAAUUCGUCCAUGGACCGACUACUGCUGAUCAACGACACGAUCAAUCAGGUCAUCGCGCGCUAUGCAAGUUACGUUAAGGGCGACUUCAGCGCGACCGUCUCCAUCGAUCCGUCCAUCGACCCAAGCAAGGGCGGCGCUGACGCUGUGCCGACGCCCAAAGUCACCGACCUCAUCUCUUUCGACUUUGACGACGGCGGAAACGCGUCGGCGUCUGGAACUAAAAGCGCAGAAACGGGCUCUAACUCGCUCAUGGAUGACUUUGCCUCCUUGCGCUUUGAUAUUGAUGCCGCUGGGUCUGCUUCUUUGCAACCGUCCCAGCAACAACAGCGGAAUGGCGCAGGCUCAUCUGCGGCGCCGCUGCUGGACCUUUCGAAAGUCAGCAGUCAGCCGACUGCAGCGGGCAUGGGAGGUGUUUUGGGGGGCAUUAGCCUGCCGAUGAAUGGUGGUGCCGCUGUCGCUCAGCAGACACCGAUGACCGCCUCGCUCUUCGGCAGCUCUAGCUCGACUUUCGCGCUCCAGCAGCAGCAGCAGCCUCUGCAGCCGAGCAAGCCGGCGGCAAGCGGCGCUACUGCUCAUGUCCCGCCAAGCGCAAAUACGAGAGCAACAGCAGCAGCCAAGGCGGCUGAUCCCUUUGCUGGCUUGGAUGAUAUCUUCAAGUGA